AUGAAACCAUUGGUAAAUAAAAUGAAAACUGAACAAACACAAUUUUUUACAAAAACAUUAAAUCGAAAACAUUUCGAUGAAUUGAUUAAAGAUUGUCCUUCAUCAAUUAUGUCUAUUUUUAUUUAUCCAACAAUUACUAUUCAUUAUUUAUCAAUUCGUGAACGACAUUCAACUAAAAUUUAUCAACCAUUCAUUCGAACUAUUCGUUCACCAUCUAUACCUAUAACUAGUGUUCUUGAUGAAAAUGCAUUAGCUCCAUUAUCGCCAUUACCUUCAUUUAUUUAUGAAACAAAUGAUGAUAUACAGGAAGAUUUCGAUAGUCAACUUCAAACUAAUAUGGAACAAUUUCUUGAUGCUGCUAUUUAUCAAUCGAAUGAAGAACAAGAACAUAAUAAAGUCUUUCUUGAACUUCGUUCAUCUAUAAUGACAUAUAUGAAUAAAAAUGAGACAGUUGAAACAACGAAUGUUUAUGAUUUAAUUGAAUCACUUCAUGAUAAUUAUUCUUUACCACUUAUAUUUAGUCAAUUAUUACAUUUAUGUGGUUCGACACAACGUUAUAAUCUUCAUUCAACAUCUAAUGAUAAUCUGUUUAUAGACAAAAGUAAAUAG